CCUUCGCUUGCCCGCGACUGGCUGAGAGGCGGAUGCUGAGGAUGCCCUUGCCUGGGUUCCGGCCGGCAGCCCUGCGCGGCGCCCCAGCCAUGGCUCCCAAGAGGAGGAGGAGGAGGAGGAGGAGGAGGCCCGCCUGACCUGCCUUGCGGGAUCCCGCCGCCUUCCUCCCGCCAUGGGCAACGUGCCGUCGGCGCUGAAGCACUGCCUCAGCUACCAGCACCUCCUCAAGGAGCCCCUCUGGGUGGGCCACGCCGCGACUCCUCCUCCUCCUCCGCCGCCGCCGCCCACGGAAGAGCUGCAGCCCCCGGGACAGGAAUUGGUCACAAGUGGAUUUCCUGAAUUUGUUAAAAUUGUUGAAGUUGGUCCAAGAGAUGGAUUACAAAAUGAAAAGGCUAUAGUCCCUACAGAUGUCAAAAUUGAAUUCAUCAACCGACUUUCCAAAACAGGAUUGCCUGUGAUAGAAGUGACUAGUUUUGUUUCUUCAAAAUGGGUACCUCAGAUGGCAGAUCACACAGAAGUCAUGGGAGGAAUAGAGCUAUAUCCCGGAGUCCGGUAUCCAGUACUUACCCCUAAUCUUCAUGGUUUCCAUUCUGCGAUUGCCGCUGGGGCUAAUGAAGUGUCAGUCUUUGGUGCAGCAUCUGAAUCUUUCAGCAAAAAGAAUAUUAAUUGCUCCAUAGAAGAAAGCAUGGAAAGAUUUGAGGUUGUUGUGAAAACUGCAAGAAACAUGGACAUUCCAGUGCGAGGGUAUGUUUCUUGCGCAUUGGGGUGCCCUUAUGAAGGAAGUAUUGCCCCAGCUAAAGUUGCACAAAUCUCAAAAAGGCUCUACAGUAUGGGGUGUUACGAGAUAUCUUUGGGCGACACCAUUGGUGUGGGAACACCAGGAAGUAUGAGAAGAAUGCUGGAAUCUGUUAUGAAGGAAAUCCCAGUGACUGCUAUUGCAGUCCAUUGUCAUGAUACAUACGGUCAAGCUUUAGCCAAUAUCCUUACAGCUUUGCAGAUGGGAGUUCGUGUUGUUGAUUCUGCAGUUGCUGGUUUGGGAGGUUGCCCAUAUGCAAAAGGUGCCACAGGAAACGUAGCUACAGAGGAUGUGAUAUAUAUGCUUAAUGGCUUAGGAAUCAAUACGGGUGUGAAUCUUUAUAAGGUUAUGGAAGCUGGUAACUUCAUUUGCACAGCCUUGAACAAGAAUACAAAUUCUAAAGUUGCACAAGCAUCCUUCAAUGGUUGAACCAAAGAAGAAAUGGAGCUGUCUCUAAGAGUUACAUAUUUGGAUAUCAGUGAGCUCUAUCUAUUUACAGAUGCAUGUGGCAAACCCAUUGCAAAUACCAUUUCAGCAGAAGGAGAAAAUGCCAACAUAGGUGGUAUCUGGCAAGUCAAUAGCAGUAGUAUGUUAUAAAUUUAGAGUGAGAACUUCAAGUUUGAAUGCCAAAUGAAACCAUCUUCCUUUUUUCUCUUAGACCUUUGAGAUUGCCCUUCUGUAUAUGGUUGCAGUUUCAUUGGGCCUCAUCCAGCUUCAGAGCCCAUAAGACUAUUCAAAUGAGUAUACCUACAUGAGGAAAUAAGAGUAUAUGCUCACAGAAGUAAGAAAGAAAAUGUACAUUUGGGGGUGAAAUGGUCCCCAUACUUGUGUGUUCAGAUGAGCAUAACUCUAGGCAAAUGUUUACUACAGGAGAGCAUAUGCAUUAAGUGAAGUAGUCUUUACCUUGCAAAAUAUAUCCUGUUAUAUAUUUUUAUACUUUUACAAUGGUACAGUUACUUGUUACUUACUCAGCUAUCUUUGGCUUCACAAGCUGGGGCCUGGCUUCUGCCUUUUAGAGCAACCUUUUUCACAGCAUCCCUUCAGAGUAGGACAAUCCGUUACACAUAUUCUGUCUGGUACCAUCUGCUGAACUAUUUAGGAAACAUUCAGCUUGACCAAGGACUUGUCUACACCGAUGGAAAAAAAUCUGUUUCGGACCAGUUCUUGGUGGCAUUGCAGCAAUCUCAUUCAUGUUGUGUUGAGAUUGGUGUAACCAACCACAUGUUUUCCGUUGGUGAGUUCACUUCAGUGUAAUGGGGUGACGUAUAUCACCAAAACUUUGUAUUACUUUCAGCUAGUCUCUGGGUUACAAUCAAAAUAGGUUCUGUAUAUUAGUUCUCAUUUUGUGUGUGUGUGUCAGAAGCAACUUGAGAAACUGCAAUUCGCUUCUGGUGUGAGAGAAUUUGCUGUCUGCAAAGAUGUUGCCCAGGGGGUGCCUGGAUGUUUUGAUGUUUUACCAUCCUUGUGAGAGGUUUCUCUAAUGUCCUUGCAUGGAGAGCUGGAGCUGACAGAGGGAGCUCAUUUGCGCUCUCCCCGGAUUUGAACCUGCAACUUGUCGGUCUUCAGUUCUGCUGGCACAAGAGUUUAACCCACUGUGCCACCAAAGGCUUAAGUUGAAUUUGUAUGUAAGUUGAACAGGCAUAUUUUUAAGUGUAACUUCAUUUUCCCCAUUUUGGAUAGCAUAGGAAUGAUUUAACCACCCUAUGACAUUUGUUUUGCUGUCUGUGCCCCUGUCCAGAAGACUUCACCUCACUUUGUGUCUAUGAGACAAUUGGAUUUUGAUAAUUUGGGGUUGUUGGGGAAACAAAGAUUUGUAAUAAAUCUUCAGUGGAGACAUCUUUUUCCCAAGAUAACUUUUAAAGGAAUGCAUUCCCCUUCCUAAGGAUAGUUGUCUUUUCACUUCCUGUUGUCUUACUCCCAUUUGUAACUAGCAGUUCUUAGUAAGUUAGAUGUUUGUAAUUCAGGAUCUGCCUGUAUAUGACUAUGGCAGCUCCACAUUUUAUUUUAUUUUUUCAUCAUGCUUGUGAAUUCUCAUAUUCCUGACAUUUUCCUCAUGGCCUGGAAGGACUCUGGCCAUUAUAUUAAGUAAGGGGGCAUAUAUAUUGAUAUGCAGAUAUUUGCAUGGGUGCAUACACCCGCACUUUCUUAAACAAAAUUUUAAAAAAUGUUGAUCAUGCUAAAGAACUUAGAACAUAAAGUUUAAACUGUGAAAAAAAAAACACUUCCUGGUGGAAAUGAUAAAGUUACUUCUUGGCUGAAGUCACCUCCCACCAGUUCGUCUUUCUUAGUAAAGGUAAAGGUUUCUCCUUGACAUUAAGUCUAAUCGUAUCUGACUCUGCGGGGUGGUGCUCAUCUCAAUUUCUAAGCCCAAAGAAACAGUGUUAUCCAUAGACGCCUUCUAAGUCAUGUGGCCAGCAUGACUGCAUAGAGCGCCGUUACUUUCCUGCCAGAGUGGUAUCUAUUGAUCUACUCACAUUUGCAUGUUUUCAAACUGGUAGGUUGGCAGAAUCUGAGGCUAACAACGAGAGCUCACCCCAUCCUGCAGAUUCGAACGGCCAACCUUCCAGUCAGCAAGUACUGCAGUUUAGUGGUUUAACCCACUGCAGCUCCAUGGCCUCUGUCUUCCCUGCCCACCAUUAAAUCCUCCUCUCAGUUCCCUAGCCAUGUCACUUUGGGAGAGUGACCACAAACCAAAAAAACCCUCUGUAUUUUCAGGAAAACUUCAAAAUGAAAGGCAAGCUUUUUGAUCCAAAUUUGAACCACUAUUGCAAAGAAUUGAAUUUCAAGUGAAUCUUCAGGCACAUUGUGCAUCCAGAUCACAGGAGCUACAAGGUGAAUAUAUAUUUUCUUUCUCAGUGUAGACAACCCCUAAGAAAGAUGCUUCACACCACUAUCAAAUUUGAAAUUGAUAAAAUAUGUAGUGUGUCACCACUUCAGAUUUACAAAAUAUUCGCCUUGCUAGUGGUAAGACAAAAGGCACAGCAUAGUGAAUUUGUGAUAUUGAAAGUAUGUGAAAUUUUAAAGGUUCCGGCCAGAUGUGUGUACCACAAAUAUCUAAAAUUAAGUGCCAGUCUACUAACCAUGUACAACCGAUUGGACACUUUAAAUCACUUUGGAUACACGUUAAACAACAUUUUUGUUGCUUGAUUUGGGCUGCAAAACCAAUGUACCGGUGGCUCAUGUUGGUCACAUGUGAAGGCCCUCUUUCAAUGGACUCAUUCGCAUGUCAUUAACUUUUAUGUUCAAGCACUUUGAACAGAACUGGUUGCCAUGUUCUAAAGAUAGUAAGUACAUUCUUACUUCUUAAUGAAGCUGAGUUUUAGUGUCGUAUAAAUAUUUGCAGCAGUCUAUGAGGUCCAUCAGUGUGUGUGGCCUUGCUAUUAUAUAUUUUAUUACUCCAGAUUGGCUUUUUUUCGUUUGCCAAGUCAAUUAUGCUGUGAACAGGGAGCCAAACCCAGAUUUACUACGAGUAGCAUAUUUGUAAUGUUUGCUAUGGUUGACAUCUGUUAAGGAUAUGAAUGACUUUAUCUUGUUCCAAGAAUUUGUAGGAAGUGGCAGUUUGCCAUGUUUUACAAGUUAAUGGUGCCCCUUUGUAGUUGUUACAAAUUUAGUUGUUACAUUGAAAUCUGGUUUUAUCCCAUUGAAUAAAAAAUUUAACAAUGGGGAAAAUACCAUUUAGAGCUGCUGCUAUAUGAUUUUCAUUCAUUUCCAGUAAGGGGAUUUAAAAUUGUGCUGCAAGUACAUUGAAGCCAAAGAUGGUGUGUGGUAGUCUGAUAGAUCGCUCCCUUACACAGUUCCGGUCAUUAAGACAGUAUUUUUCAUGUGGUUAAUAAGUGUGUCAAUGGUGUGGAUUUUUUAAAUGAAAAAAUAACAUCCAUGAUCUAUACUGUAUUUUUGUUUAUUUGUUCCGUUGCUUCCGACUCUUCGUGACCUCAUGGACCAGCCCACGCCAGAGCUCCCUGUCGGCUGUUGCCACCCCCAGCUCCUUCAAGGUCAAGCCACGUUGAUAUACCCUAUAUCAAACAAUAAAAUCUGUCUACAGUACACAAUCAUAUCAGUUUGGUGCUACUGUAGUUUGAGAGAGUACUUGUAUUUCUCUAUUGGGGAGAUAUUGCUAGAAAUGCAGAUGUUCUCAUCUCAUCAUAUUUGACUAGGCAUUUUGCCCAGGAUUAGUCUUUGUUUCCAGUAACAUAUGCAUACACAAAAUUUAGCAGACAUCGUUCUCUGCAUUAUAUCUCACACUCUAUGUUAUACUGCGUAUCCCAUAUUCUUUAUCUGUAGAGCAGCAACAAGGAAGUAAGAUGUCAGUUCAGAGAGCUGAACCAGUCUUGGUGAUGUAGACUCUGCCCUUCUGCUACUGUAGGUUAGGGAUGAAGUGUCUGGCCACCUCUGCAACCAAUCCAGGAGCUUUACUACUCUGGAAUGCCUGUGAAUUAAGCACCCAAUGUAUAUAAACCCAUAAACUGGCCUAUGGAGUUGAAAGUGGGCCAGGCUUUAGCACAGCGCAUUAAAUUGCUAGGUGUAGAAAUCUUGCUGCUCAAGAGGUUGGCAGUUCAAGCCCGGGUUGGGGUGAGCUCCCACCAUCAGCCCACCUUCUGCCUAUCUAGCAGACCGAAAACAGUAAUGUGAGUAGAUAACUAGGUACUGCUUUUAGCUGAGAGAUAAUAAAAGGGACCUGUAAGAACAUGCUGGUGAUUCAAUAAACAGGAUGUCUACAGACAACAAAGCUCCUCUGCAUGGAAAAUGGAGCGAUAGCACCACCCUAUGGCUGGAGUUGAGCACAGCAUCCAAAUGCUGGAGAUGGAAAGAGGGGAAUAACCUAUACUUCUGUUUAUGUAUUGUCUGUCCUUAUUAAUUGUAAAACAGCAUUAAAUGUUUGCCAUAUAUGUGUUCUGUAACCUGCCCUUAGUCCUGUCAGGGAGAUAGAGCAGAAUAUAAAUAAAGUAUGUUGUUGUUGUUGUUGUUGUUGUUGUUAUUAUUAUUAUUAUUAUUAUUAUUAUUAUUAUUAUUAAUAUUAUUAUUAUUAUUAUUAUUAUAGAGACCACAGAGGCCAUGCAAUCAAACCUCUUGAAACAGAGAAAUACACAAAGCAAUCCUGACAGACUGAAGCAUGGCUAAGGGUGCAUCUAUACUGAUACCACUAACAGCCAUGGCUCAAUAAUGUGGAAUCAUGAAACUUGUAGUUUGAGGAGUCAUCAGCCCUCUUUGGCAUAGAACGCUAAACCCUCUGUAAAGCUACAACUCCCAGGAUUCCAUAGCAUCGAACUGUGGUAGUUUGUGUCAGACUGCAUUAAUCCCACAGUGUAGAUUCAUCCUCAGUUAUGCCUUUUAACUGUGAAAAUUAUAAGUCACUUGCUAAUUGCAAAUAGUAACUUUCAGUCCCUGAUUGUAUUUCCUCAAUACAUUUUAGAAUUUAGAAUUAUAUUUAAUUUUAAUUUAUAUAUUUAAAACCAUUGUAUAUAAAAUGAGCUGUAUAUUUUUGUUUACAUAAAAUAGUACAGGUAUGUGUGUGUGUAUGUAUGCAUGUAGGGGGUGAUCAUAAAGGAUUUUUCUUCUCAUGUCCUCAUUUUUCUUCCAGGUGUGAAUAGAAAAUAAAGAAACCUUAUAUUGUGGGUCAUAAUAGCUACUGUUGAUUAAACAAUGCUCCUGAAACACUAUAGCAUAGUGCGGUUUCACUGAAUGCCUGUUAUUUGCUUUCACUGGUUUAUAUUCUUUAUCUCUAAGAUUAAAAAGGAAAAGGAACACCAGGAAAUAGCCCAAUAUAUUACAAAACACUGUAUAUGUUAGCUACUGGUAACCAAACUGUCCCAAUAAAGCCUUAGUAAUUAUCA